AUGUCAAGUUUACUUAAUUCUUCUAUAAACGGAUCUACCUCGAAUUUGUCCGACGGUUCAGGGAGAACGUUUACUUCUUCUUUCUCUGGUCAGUCUGGAGCAGCGUCUCCAGUUUUCCAUCAUGCUGGAUCUAUUCAGGGACUUCAUAAUCUUCAUGGAAACUAUAAUGUUCCAAACUUGGCGGGUAGUCUUGGAUCGAGAAAUUCAGGUUUAAAUGGUGUUCCUUCUGCUGGUGUCCAACAACAAAACGGAAGUAUUUCGAGUGGAAGAUAUACAUCCAGCAAUCUUCCGGCUGGGCUCUCUCAGAUAUCUCAUGGACACUCAGGACUCACUAAUAGAGGAGGAUUGGGAGUUUCGCCAAUUUUGGGAAAUGCAGGUUCUCGAAUAACGAGUUCUAUGGGGAAUAUGGUUGGUGGAGGCACAAUGGGCAGGACUUUGAGCUCUGGCGGAGGAUUAUCUAUUCCGAGUCUUGGUUCUCGGCUAAAUAUGGCAGUAAACAGCGGAUCUGGAAAUAUUGGACAAAAUCGAAUGAUGGGUGGGGUUCUUCCACAAGGAUCGCCGCAAGUUCUUUCUAUGCUCGGAAAUUCUUACCCUGCAGCUGGGGGACUUUCCCAAAAUCAUGUUCAAGCAAUGAACAGUCUCAGCUCUAUGGGAUUGCUUAAUGAUAUGAACUCUAACGAUGCUUCUCCAUUUGAUAUAAACAAUGAUUUUCCUCAGCUCACAAGUCGCCCCAGUUCUGCCGGCGGUCAAGGACAAUUGGGGUCUCGAUUGAAACAAGGCCUUGGACUCAGUCCCAUAGUUCAGCAAAACCAAGAGUUCAGCAUCCAAAAUGAAGAUUUUCCUGCAUUGCCAGGAUAUAAAGGUAGUAAUGCUGAUUAUCCAAUGGAUUUGCAUCAUAAAGAACAACUCCAUGAAAAUUCACUUUUAAUGAUGCAGUCUCAACAAUUAUCUAUGGGAAGAUCUGGUGGGUUUAACUUAGGUGGAGCAUAUGCGUCACACCGACCUCAACAGCAACAACAGCAACAUGCUCAAGCUGUGAGUAGUAGUGGUGUCUCAUUACAUGGGUCUGACAUCUUCUCAUCUUCUCAUCCGUCUUACCACUCGCAGACUGGUGGACCUCUGGGUAUUGGAUUAAGAUCUAUGAAUACUGCAAAUUCUGUCACUGGAAUGGGUUAUGACCAGCUCUUAUAUCAGCAACAUCAGAACACGUCCCAGUAUCGCUUGCAGCAGAUGUCAGCUGUUAGCCAACCUUUCAGAGAUGUGGGAAUAAAAUCAAUGCAGGCGACACAGUCAAAUCCUGAUCGGUUUGGCUUGCUCGGUUUGCUUAGUGUGAUAAAGAUGACUGACCCUGACUUGACUUCUUUGGCACUUGGGAUUGAUCUGACGACACUGGGUUUAAAUUUAAACUCAACAGAAAAUCUUCAUAAGACUUUCGCCUCACCUUGGUCCAAUGAACCCUCUAAAGGUGAUCCAGAUUUCAGUGUACCGCAGUGUUACUACGCCAAAAGCCCUCCACCUCUACAUCAAGGACUCUUUUCAAAAUUUUUGGUAGAAACAUUGUUUUACGUAUUCUAUAGCAUGCCGAAAGAUGAGGCGCAAUUAUACGCGGCAAAUGAACUUUACAAUAGGGGUUGGUUCUACCACAAAGAUCACAGGUUGUGGUUCAUUAGAAUUGGGGAACCUCUCGUGAAAACAAAUGCGUAUGAAAGAGGAUCAUGUCACUGUUUUGAUCCAAACUCAUUUGAGAUCGUUCAAAAGGAAAAUUUUGUUCUCUAUUACGAGAUGCUGGAAAAGAGACCGUCCCUAUCUCAACACUGA